AUGACAUUCGGUGACGAUUUUCUGUGGGCAUUCGCUGUUCCCAGAGGUGUUCGCGAGGUUUUCCGAUUAUUGUACUGGGCCAUCUGGUAUCUGUUAAUGUCCGGAAAGACUAACAUCCUCAUCACGGGGGUCACUGGUUACAUAGGUGGCUCUGUUCUAUCUCGUCUCCUCAAGCACGAGGAUUUCGCUUCUUUCAACAUUACAGCGCUCGUGCGCUCUGCAGAAAAGGCUAGGAAACUCAAGACGCUCGGGGUCAACGCGGUUGUUGGGUCUCACGACGAUGAUAAGCUCGUAGUGGGCCUAGCUGCUGAGAGCGAUAUCGUCAUUGCCACGGCCGACGCAGACAAUUUUGGGGCGGCUGUGGCGACCUUGAAGGGGUUGAAGAAACGACAUGAAAUUACCGGGACUGCCCCCAUCUUCAUUCAUACUUCAGGCACUGGCGUACUCACCGACAACGCUGUUGGAGACCACCCCACCGAAACAAUCUACGACGACGCAAACGCUGACCAAAUAGAAUCCCUGCCUCCAACCCAGGUGCACCGAAAUGUCGACCUUGAACUCCUGCGCGGCGAUAAAGAGGGAUACGUCAAGACGUACAUCGUCCUCCCCUCCACCAUCUACGGAAUUGCAACCGGCGUGCUGGUUGAUCAAGGGAUACAGAACCCUCAUUCCAUUCAAGUGCCUGCCCUCAUCCAGGCAGCACUGGACCGAGGACGCGCUGGGAUGGUAGGACAGGGAAAGAACAUCUGGCCAGAUGUUAGCAUUGACGAUAUUGGCGACCUCUUUAUUGCUCUAUUCAACUCCGUCAGGAAAAACCCUGCAACAGGCCACGGUCGUGAGGGUUUCUACUUCGGAGAAACGGGCGAACACACCUUGUACGAAGUCAGCAAGGCCAUUGGGGACGCAUUGGUGGAAUUAGGAAAAUCCGAUAAUUCAGAACCUACAACUUUCACGAAGGAAGAGAUCGACAAGUACUUCCGGGGGUCCACCUACCUUGGAACAAACUCCCGGUGCCGCGCCAACAGGUCCAGAGCGAUUGGCUGGAAGCCCACUAGCAACAAGACCCAAUUCCUGGCAAGCAUAAAGCCCGAGAUCGCUGCGAUUCUGUCUUCCGGCAAGUCCAAGGUUGUCCUCCAUUGA